UUCCCCUCUCCUCUCUUAUUUCUCAUCUCGUUCCAUCUCUCCCUUGUCUCACUUUCUCGUUCUCAAAAGAAGGAAAAAAGAUUUAAGCACAGGCGGAGGUAGGAGACAAAGAAAGGGAGGGAGAGCAGAGGGCAUCGCCAUGCCCCCGCGUUAGGUUGGGACCCACGAGCGCCGCCGCCAGCUUUAUCUUGUCCCCCGCCCCGCCGCCCGCCAGCCGUCCGAUUGAUGACUAGGGAGCUGAGGAGGAGGACGGGAAGAACGAGGCGCAAAGGAGGAGGAGGAGGAGGAUGUCUCUGGUGUUCGCCGGCGUCGAGGUGGUCGGAGGACCCACGGUGGGCCUGAAGGACCACGUCACCAUCCCGGUCUACCUGCAGCAGCACGGAGAUAACAACAACGACCACAAAGGGGAGGAGGAGAAGGGGAAGAGGAAGGAAAGGAAUGGGUUCUUUAUAGAGGAAAAGGUGGUGGAGGAGGAGUCUUCGGAGACCUCUUCCAUCGGAGUCCAGUCGUCUGAUUCGUCGUCGGAAAAGGAGGAGGAGGAUGAGGUCCAGAGCAAGGCAAAGAAUGGGGCUUUCGGCUCUUUGGUUUCCUUAGAGGAAUCCCUUCCCAUCAAGCGAGGGCUGUCGAAUUUCUUUUCCGGGAAGUCGAAAUCUUUUGCGAGCCUGGCAGAUGUGGCAACUUCGACCGCGAGAGAUCUCGUGAAGCCAGAGAACCCCUUCAACAAAAGGAGAAGGCUGCUGAUGGCUUCCAGAACAAGGAGAGCUUCCUAUGCUUCAUUUAUGACAUGCUUGCCGCCUCUCUCCUCGGACCACAUCGCAGAGGAGAUAGAGAAAGAGGAGGAAGAGGAUGAAGAUGAGAGGAAUAGUGGAGACUCAUCCACAUUGGCUCCCCUUCCACCUCACGUCAGCAGAGAAAGGAAGAUCAAGAAAGCUUUUAGAUCCCCUAGGUCCUUCUCUCUUUCUGAUCUCCAAAAUGUUUAGUCCUUCUCGUAUUAACAUGAUGAUACUGAUAUUAUAUAUAAAGGUCUUUGCAUAAUAUAGUAAGAAAAUGAAGUCUCUUACAUUUCC